AUGUCUAGACCUCCACAGACUACGCUAGUGCUCGGGAAUGUUUCCUCUCUUUCGAUUAUUGGAAUUGACACACAAUUUUUUACGGCCAACGAACUCAUUCGAGGCAUCAAGGUAAUUCCUGAGGGCCAUCACUUUUUCCACUAUUCUGAAUCUACAGAAACUGGAGAAGCUAUACGAUACGGUCAUUGGUUUUCCUGUAAUGAUGGAGAUAUCAUUUCGGUGGAAUUUUCUGAGGACUCUUGUGUAUUUACCCACAAUGCCAACCCAAUUCCCACUCUCAGUGCUGAUUAUGCUUACAUGGUAGCAUACCCUGAGAGCAUAGAAACAUGGACAAAAUUGACCAAAUAUGUCGAUGCUGAAGCUUUAUGGGAAUAUUGCCCACCAGCCAACAUUCCAAUCUCGACGGCAACACCUCUGAAAGAAGAGAACAUGGUACUUCUUGAAACUCUACAGUCUCGAGAUUCCAAUCAAAAGUUCGAGGAUCAAACAGAUAAGGAGUUAAAGUAUACCAUACUUCAGUUUAAAUUGGCAGGACCAAGAAGCAGCAGCGAUGAGGUGGAAGUCACACGAAACUAUCUCGAAAAAUCAUGGUAUUUGACUCAGCUUUUUGGCCAUGACCCAGAGUUGUUACUUGCCGAGAUCCAGAUAUCAUUCCUACAUUUCGUAAUAUUGGGAAAUCUAUGUUCGUGCACCCAAUGGCUCAUGCUUUUGAAGUUAGUGCUGACGAGUAGUAGAUUUCUUCUCGGAAACAUGAAGGUCGCUCAGGAAUUCCUUGGUCUCUUAGUUCUACAGCUAGACAAAUUGCCUACAGAAUAUAUGAGCAGUCUGGAAAUUGGGGUUGUCGAUAUGAAAACAUACACAGAAGUCAUGGAAGACUUAUCUUAUAUUCGUAUUAACGACAUAACCUGGUCGAAAAUCAGAGAAUUGAAUAGACACAAGUUUAGUUUUGAUUUGUCCUUCCACAAGAAGAUCGAUGCUGACAACUUUGAGGUUUAUGAUAUGGAUGAUUAUGACGAAGAUGACGAGGAUGCCCCAGCCGUGGUUAUGUGA